UUGAGACGGCGGAGUCCUGCUUGAGCGGGUCUCCUUAUCGGCUUGCGAAGAUUCUUCCUCACUCUAGUGUGUUGGCGGCGGCGCCUGCCGGACCAGCCGAACCCUGGGACAGGACUCGAAGAUACUGAAAUCUGCCUGGCUCCAAAUUCUUUUAAGCCAGAAGAUGAGUAACCAGCAGGCAUGAGAGGUUGAAUAUUCUGCUUUGCUGCAAACCUGGGUAGAGAUCACUUCCCUUUCUGUAGGUUGGAGCCAAGGAUCAUAAUGAGUACAAGAAAGCGUCGUGGUGGAACUGUAAAUUCUAGACAAGCCCAGAAGCGAACUCGGGAGGCAGCCUCCACCCCUGAGAUUUCCUUGGAAGCAGAACCCAUAGAACUCGUGGAAACUGCUGGAGAUGAAAUCGUGGACCUCACCUGUGAAUCUUUAGAGCCUGUGGUGGUGGACCUGACUCAUAAUGACUCUAUUGUGAUUGUUGAUGAAAGGAGGAGGCCAAGAAGGAACGCAAGGAGGCUACGCCAAGACCAUCCCGACAGCUGCGUGGUGAGCAGUGAUGACGAGGAGUUGUCCAGGGACAGAGAUGUGUAUGUGACCACCCCCACACCCAGAAACGCCAGGGACGAGGGGGCCACAGGACUCAGGCCCUCUGGUACUGUCAGUUGUCCCAUCUGCAUGGACGGAUACUCAGAGAUUGUGCAGAAUGGACGUCUCAUUGUCUCUACAGAGUGUGGCCACGUCUUCUGUCGCCAGUGCCUCCUUGAUUCCCUAAAGAAUGCUAAUACUUGCCCAACUUGUAGGAAAAAGAUCAACCACAAACGGUACCACCCCAUUUAUAUAUGAAGUUUCAGAGCUGUUCAGGAGAGACGGAUGGACAGACAGCCCGGCUGGGCUCUUCACAUGGUAUCUGCCUUCAAUUUCCUGAGCUCAAAAA